GCUCGGGAGUUACGACGCCGCCUUCGGCGGAACCCUAAGGAUGAGGAGGCGCAGCAGCUGCUCUCAAAGUUAUUGCAGAAGGACACGGAUUCACCCAAGAGUGUUCCUUCCCCUGGUGGGGGUAAAACAGAAGAUAAUGCAGCAGCCGAGGCAGCACCUACUGCUGCAGACUCUUCUUCUGGUAGUGCUUGUAGCCCAGCUGAGAUUUCAGAGGCUCAGAACGGAAUAUCUGGGUUCGGGCCAGUGUCCCACCUUCGAGACCGAAUGAGGCCAGCAGCAGAGUCCGGCAUAGACGACGGAGCGCUCGCAAAUAUGCUGAGCAGAGAAAUCCAGGAAACCCUAAACAUUGAAGACAAGGACGUGUCCCUCUCGCUUGCUUCGAGGUUUCUGCAUUGGUGGCGUGGUAAAGAGUCACAUCCAAGCUCUUCAAGGAAGGGUGAACCGUUAUUAACUCCUCUAAGCGCUGAGACCAUCCUACACUCAGAUGAAGACAUACGGAAGACCAGUGCACCUCACUAUCGCGAUGUCACUCAGCCAUCUUCAUCCUCAGCUGCACCUAUGUCGGACACUGUAGAAGAAGCAGCAGGUGUAGCUGCUGCGGCUAGCACAGCUGCGGCUUCGGCAGAAGCUGCAGCAGAGGCCGCUGCCAAGGCGAAUGCUGUCGCAGCAGCAACUGUAUGCAGCAAUGAAGACAGCGACUCCAGUUGCAGCACGAAAAGCAGCACUGACACAGAUGAAGACCUUUUGGAUGGACUGAGGGCUUCUAGAGCCUUUAAAGUUGUGCCCUCACAAAUAAAGGAUCUUCUAGAUGACAAUACACAUGCACUGCGGGUGACCCCCAGGAAAGGGAUUGAAAUGCAUAUUCUAUUCAAGAAGUGGGAGUUGCGGGCCCUGGGAUCGAACCUCGCUGUCAAUAAACAGAGCUGGAAGACUGUGGAAUUGUCGUUCCUUCACCACGAUCCUAGCCUCUACUCACCUCUCCCUCGCACCGAUGGACCUGCUGAACCCCAGCAGGCAAAUCAAAGUAAUACAGUGGAGAAACGAGAGCCACCACCCCCAGUGUUCGACGGGAGUAUGGAACACAAGCCCUUGCAACUGACGCUCACCUCUGCUGCCCUAACGUCUCUGUUUAACUUUGUGAAGCUUAUUGAUGUUUGGUACAUCUUCCUCAAGGGAGCAGCAAGACCCACCAGAUAUGUCUACGACUUCAGGCUGGUCGCUCGGGAGGAGGAAUGCGCGACCUAUGUGGAGAUGUGGAAGCGGCGGCUCACCUCGAAGGCGGAAAUGCGAGAAGUAGUAGAUCGUUUUAUUUCAGACUUUGAGAACAGCAGCCCCCUCUAUUUAAUCCUAAAACUGAGACAGCUGGCAGAAGACAACCUGACUUGGCGAGACGGCGUCAGCGCUGCGGUGCUGCAGAAGCAAAUAUUCGGGCGUUUUGCCGAGACUUGUUGCCGCCCUCAGCGACUGGGGAGCAUGCAGUGGGCAACGGGAGAGACAGCAGAGACCCGCAUAGAUGGUGCAGAUGGAGGGGACUUUGAAUUUACAGACCGCGAGAGGCUGCUGUUUGAAGACAUCGCAUGCACAAUAGACGACGCCACAGGAGAUGAUCGGGGGGGGUUCGGGGGUAAACGUUGGUUCUACAUCGACGGCAUAACACAGGUGCUGGCGCCGAGCCUGUGCCUCCGCCUGCUACCCCUAGUGCAGCCCGGCAUGCAUGUAGCCGAGCCAACCAACCUGCAAAGGCAAGAAAAGAACUGCAGACCCAAAGGGAGCUUCAGCAGGCUGGGGACGCUAGGACUUUUAGAAAGGCUGGAAGCGCAGAAUGCAUCGCCGAGCGGCACAUCAAGUACACAGAUGAAUCACUUGCCUCCUACGACUCUAAUGUUCCGCGUCUGCGCGGACUUCAAGUUUCGCCAGGAGAAGAGAAAUGAUUUUUUCAAGUGCCACGACAUAUUUAUUGAUUCGGUUUUUGUUGAAAGGGGGUUUGCCGCCCUGAAGGCAAAGCCUUGCGACGAAGCGACCUCUCUGCGCGCUCACCACAAUCCUGAACUGCAGACACCUUUCCCUGGUUUGCUAGUGUACGCUGUUCCUCUGGGGGAUAUGGGGUGCACCACCUGCGUCUACUUGCCUUCGGACCCGCCGUCACGUGUUGGGUGGGGCAUUGGUGCGGCGCGGCCUCCGUUGAGAGGCCGUGGGGGAGACUGCAGCCAGCGCACUGCCUCUCACGCCGAUUAUGCUUACGGUGAUUACGAGGCAGCAAAGAGGGAGGAUUCUCCUAAGGGCUCUUCCUAUCGAGAACGAAAUGCAACUCGCGGGAAAGUUUCCGGAGGGCCUGCUUCGCAGGUUGAAAGCCCUCGGGAAUCCGACAGCGGAAAACGCAACGCCUCUUCUUCCAGCCAACAAUCGGUUUCUCACAGGAUUAGGCCAUCGAGGGUUUACUCGAACAUUCAUUUGCUGUUCAACAGGGCCAAACACUUUGCAGAUAUGGUCAAGCAAGCCCACAAAAAGCAGACUACCAAGGGACAGACUGCACCAAGGAGGCGCGGCUCCAUUGGGGGUGAUAAAAACCGCACGCUGCUGAUAAGCAUCAGCAGCAAGACAGUGUGGGACGAGGAGCUGGGGGGUCCACUUGAAAAGAAAAAGACAUGGAUUAAUAUCCCCGAGGUUUCCGUCUCUGCUCCAGAGCUUAUCCCAUUUGCUGAGGCCAUUCCGAUGAACUAUGUUACUUGGGACCUAUUUCGAGAGAAAGAUUGCCUUCUUCCGAUUUCGACUGAAGAUGCCAUGGGCCUCGCUCUGGGGUAUUGCACAGACGUCGACAGUACUCUCAGGCUGACUGUGCAGAAGGCCACAGUAAAGUAUCGCCUUUCCUCUCUCGAUUACUCACGCGUCCUUUCGCACUUGAGAAAAGACGCCCUACUUGAGGCGCAGCAGCUACAGCAGCAGGCGAAUGCUGAAGCAGCAGCAAAGGCAGCCGCUCAUGCAGCAGCUGCAGCUACUGGACGUUUCGGAACGAAUCCCUGGGAGGGCAGAGUGGCUCUGAGCGACAGUGAGACCCCCAGCAGUAGCAGCUCGUCCAGCUUUAGCACCAACAGAGGACGGUGGAGCCAGCGUGGCUGGGCAGAGCGUGCAGCAGCAGCAGCUGCAACCGGCAAGCCUCUUGCUUUUUUAGGAGAGAGGCCGCUGGAUGCACGGAGGGAAUUUGAAGCUCAGAAGCGGAUGACCUCUAAGAACUCAUCUUGGAGUCAGACACCCUCUGAUCCCCAUUCUGAGAGCCUUUCGCUUUCGGACUCCCUUUUGUCGCCAUCUUCGAGUGACAUUGGGGUGCAGGCUGCCGCCUCCGGUGCUACUUUCUCACGGCUUCGGGGCUCCUUGCCCAGUGAACAAGCUGGAGGCGCCGAAAGCGCUGAGGAGAACUCGGAUGAGGAGGAACUCUCUGGCAGCGGGGUGGGACCAUGGCGGCUUUUUGGCUCGAGAGAGGUGCAUUUGGCAGACGUGGACUAUGAACCAGUGGAGGCCCACGGCUUCACGUCCUCAUGCUGCGGCCUUAAAGCAUCUGUAUCUACACUUCGGCUAUCUCAGACGGUGAUGAAACGGAAAGGAUCCGUUGCUACGCAAUCUUUGCUUGCCUCCUUUGAAGCGGCAGAAGCAGCAGUGAUGGCGCAGGCCCCGAACUCCAACGCUGGCCCAUGUGCCACUACCGAUUGCACAGUGCUUUCCAUAUUCGAUGCCAGUGUUGGAACGACCAAGUUGCCACGCCAAACUAUCGACAUCUCUGUGGGGCGUAUCAACGUCGGUGUCUGCAUGCAGUUGGUCUCGCUGGCGGCCUGCAGGCGAUUUCUUAUACCCACUUCCUAUCCGUACAGUGACGUUCUACGAGAUCCAAAGCUGUUGACACUAAAGGUGGCUCAGGUCUCUUCUCUUCAGAGGAAAACUGUGCGCGAACAAUUGUCGAAGAUGGCCCAACCGGACCCUCAGCUCCAACACCAGCAGAUGCAGCGGGCUGCUGAAGCUGCUGCACCUGCUGAUGAUCAGGCCGGCAGUGCAGCUUGCACAGACGGCGCUUCACUGUCGCCGGGGGCGGACGCCCCAGCAGCAGCAGCAGCAGCAGUAGUAGAAUCAGAUAAUGCUGUUCGCGAUGAGGGAGCGAUUGCCUCAAUGGAUCGUCCAAUCAAGGAGUCGCGUGGAGCGGGGGGCCAGAGCCUUCAGGCCAGUGAAGACAACCCGCUCGACGCCUUUUUGCCAGUACCGACCAGUGGGCCUUGGGCGGCAUGCGACGGGAGUCGUUUGAACUGGUUUUUUAGCGACAAAGAAACCGCUCAGAAAUUCACCAGUGACUUGUCCCCAAUCAAAUUCACCGGGCCCGGGCAAGAGAACGGCGAAUCGUUUCAGCGUUGGCGUGUGGCCAGGCGAUUGCGCGCAGGUGGCAGAGAAGUUCCGUUUGACCUAUCUCAGAAGACUGCAGACAAUAAGGCCACUAAGGUAGCGGCUGGCGGAACUUGCACACCAGCAACAGCAGUGGAAGACCCCACCCAGAAGUCGUUGCAAGUGUCGGCCAAGGUGGGCUGUCUGUCUGUGGGCCUCUACACCCAGCAACAGUACCUGGCAGUCUUGCUUCGCGUGUAUGAAGCUCGUUUACAUUUAAAGAAGAAAACGAAAGAUGCCCGUGUGAAGGCGAAGGUUGGGGAGUUUUUCGUGGAGCACGCCAAGUCCCGAGAGGCGCAAAGGCGCAGCAUCGUGCUUUGCAAGAAAGUUGUUCACAUAGGAGCGCAGUGCCGCCGUUUCUGCCCGUUUCCUGGUGCUGCAGCAGCCGCAUCCCCCCUGCCGCCUUCGGAGGACAGUGACCCAGCAGCACUCAUUCGCGCAGAGAUGGACCAAUGGUCGUGCGACAGCCGGCGCAGCAGCAGGGAGGUGUCUCCGCGACUUCAGCGACGCGAGGCGUGGGGACCCAUGAGGCAACUGGGGCCAACUGGCAACUCUCCAGAACCGAGACAGCGGGUUUUCAAUUUAAGAGGGACUAGUAAUAAUCAGGGGCGGGAUAGAGACUUAAGUGCCCGACACGGGAGCAGUGAAGACUUCCGCGGUGUUGGUCAGUCGUCUAGCCCUCCGGGGACUCCUUUUUCGCAUGAUGACCCUCAUUUCGUGAAGCCGUUGCAAGAACAACUUCGCCAAUAUGCGAAGUACAAGGCAGACCUAGAGCAGCUGGCGAAGGGGGGGAAGCUACACGUGGCAAGGAGAGAUGGGGAGGAAGCCCUCUGCAACAACACGCUGGUCCGUAGCCAGCAGGUUCACGGUGCCUGGCCGAUGGAAACGCCGGACCCGGCGACGAGUCCUCCAUCAUAUUCUGAGCAAGAAGAUUGUGCCACACUUAGCGACUGGUCGGACAGGCAUAUGAGCAGCACCGGCGACAAGAACGCUUCUCUAAAGCUUGCGAUGGAGACUGAAGAGCAUCUGAGUUCGCCUCGUCGGACUUGUCUCCACGGCAUCCACGGUCGACCACGCAACAGCCUUCUGUCGGGGCAUUCCAUUCCACUAGAUGCCGAAUUCUGGAAACAUCACGAGAAACCCCCAAUCCCCGAGCUCCUGCGCCAAGCUCGAUCGAGGGCGGCGGGUGUAACAACGCUGCGCAUGCACCAUCACCAUCGGGGCCUGCCUUGGCACUGGAAGACCAGUGGAAAUGCUGAUAACGGCCAGGCGGAAGAAGCCAGCAACGCUUCCCAGGGCCACCUGACGUCCCAAAGCUCUUUGGUGGAGUCCGAAAAGCCCAAUAGUGGACCCAACCCUGCAGGAGAGGAGCCAGUGUGGCUUUCCGAUUGUGUAGGGGACUGGACUCUGCGGGACGAGCCAGAUGGAGAGGCCAGCAGCAGAACGGGGGGGCGCAACACUCCAGUUGGGCACGACUGCUGCUUCGGCACUGCAGGGGCCCCCCUUAACCUGUUGUUGUUCGAGGACAAUGACAGCAGCAAGAAGGGGACGACUCAAAACAAGAGGCAAACGAAAUUGCGCAGGUCGGGAGCUGAUAGGCGAGGAGAUUGCGCUAAGAAGCUAGACCAGAUGUCUUUGUCACUUCGUCUGCAGCCCGAGUUAAAGAGUACCGAGGCCCAGUUGUGUGUGCAGUCGCUGCAUGCGUUCCCUACAGCGAACCUCCUCUGUUGCCUUACAGACUCAGCUCUGUGUCUUAAGAGUCUAUGGAACGAGGAGUCAAUCCGGUCACGGUGUCUCAUCGCCUGCUUGCUGGGCGACAUGCGUUCUCAGAAGGCAGCCCAGACAGCAGGGCUCAAUUUGCAGGCAUCAGGCGAGUCAGAAGUUAAGGAUGCACCAAAACGGCGUUUCACUCUCAACAGGCGCUUGUCACAACAGCAGCGAGAUGGCAGGUACAGCAGCAGGGAGUCUGAAAGCAACAACGAAACCAGCAGCUGCAGCAGCGAUUCGGCCCCUAUAGGGGCCCCACUACGAGGAUUUACCAGGCUUCGCAAGCAGGCAAAGACUACCUUCAGCCGUCGGGGCGUUCCGGAGAGUUUGUCUGAAGGCGGAGACGACCUCAUGAGUGGCACUGUACCCACCGAGGGACUGCGGCGAACAAGCAGAAGCAUUUCAGGAGGCAGGCGGCGCAGACGCUCCCAAGUGAACUCAGUAAAAGACAAAACCAGGAGCCCUGAGGCUUCGCGCUGUCGCAACAACCAGGCGGCGGGCGUCAUUGGUGGUGGGCCCACUUCAAUUGCAGGCGGUCUGGGGGAUGAUGCUGCGUCGGAGAGCACUGACCGGUCCCAAGUGCAACAGCAGCAGCAAAAGCAACGGCAAUGGGAACAGACAGAGCUAUUUCCAGAGGCAGCUACAGGCCCUGCAAUCGAACGCCGUGGUCAACAGGCACACGCACAAACUGGAAUCUCAGUGUCAGUUGAGGUCGUCCUACAAGACGUAACGUGCAACCUGCUCACUGAUGACGUGGCGGCUACCAUAGGGGCUGAAGAUGUUGAUAUGCCUGAAGCUGUGGGAACAGCGGGAGCUGCAGGCGGCUGCGACACGGAGCGGACCACAGUACAGCCCACGUAUGUCUCCUCGCCAGAGCACCAGGAAAAGCAGCAGACUUUGCGAAGCAGACAAAACAUUGGCCAGAAAGCUGCCGUCAGCGGUUCCACCAGCAGGCGCAGCACCAGCAGCUGCAACAGGGACUUGGGCAGCACCACCUCUACCGCUUCCACUGAUGAGGGGGCGGAAGAAGGAGACGCGGGGCUUGCUUUUCCUCCUUACCCAGUACUGUUCUCGCCAGACGUCUGUGUCCCUCGCGGAGCCCCUGCCUUGGGGGAUGGAUUGCUGGGGGACUCUUCGCUUCGCAGAGCCGUUGUGGCAGAUUUUGCUGCUCUUGGGGUGCGGCUGGAGGCUGUCAUGCGGGUAACCUACACUAGCGUCCCUACCGGCAACAGCAGUUGCAGCAGAAGGCGUGAGGAGCUUAAGGAUACCUUGCGAGUCGGCCUUUGGCGCCUGGAGGCUACUCUAGUCAGAAAUUGCACGUGGACCCUUGCUAGUGCAGUUCUGUUCGAUGCCAACUUCGGGGCCGAGUGUCUCCGGCUGCUCCCCGUCAAACGAAAACGCGUGGCAGCAGGGCCGGCCAGGGGAGGGGGCUCCAAAACCUCUGCUUGGCGCUCUGCUGCCCCAGCGGAGUCAGAGGUGCCUUACUGGCGCACCUCGCGCCUCAAUGCAGUGGCGGAGGACGCAACUGAUGACGAAGGAGAUACCCCGGGGGCGCUGCGGAGAGCGUUAUGGGCAGCAGAAAGUGGUGGAGACAACCGGGUAGGGGAGACGCAGACACGUAGAAACCCUAAGCCUCAUGAUUUAAGCCCUUGGGGACAGCAAAGGGGAGCGACUGGCGGCAUGGGCCUGGCUGAAGGAUACGUCAGCGCCGACGGCUCUCUGCAGGCAACGCGAUAUGAGAGGAAGGGGAGAGGGGCGGCGUGCGAGGGUCUUCAGGAGGAGACACGGGAAGGGGGAUCACCGAGGGGUCUCGCACGACGAAGAGACAGUUGCGCUGAUGGGGACAAUAUGCGGAGGCGGUUUUCUGUGAACGUGCCUCGCCGCCUCCCAAGCAGCGGGAGUUCAUCUUUGUUUCGCUGGGUCUUUGGGUCCAAGAACAUUCAGAACAACGCCUUGGCGACAGCGUCAAGUCCAGUAGGUAGCAGCCCCCAGAUGGGAUUUCACAUGCAACCGGCUGCUGACUUGAGGGGCCCCGGUCUCGCCGAACUCGACAGCUCCGUAGAUCGCCGCGACACAGCACCGGAGCCUAAGAACUACACCGACGGCGAGAUGUACUUCGGAGGGUACCAGCCGGAUGUAGGCGAGCAGGUGCGCCCAAAGCAGCAGCCUGCAGCUGCUGCUGCGGGGACUUCGCCUGCGCGCUGGGGCGGCAGCACGGCAGGCUGGACACGCAAUCUGCUGCGGACACGCCGCAGUAUCUCCACGCUGAAUAGUGGAGAUCCAGGCCGACCUCCCUGCAGCCCGCCUAAGGGCCGAGAUGCUGUGUUGAGAGAUAACAUUGAAGGCGAAGGCGCUGUUGCUCCCCGGCCUCUUCAGUCUCCUUCUGCGAGACAAAUCAGUCGGCGCAGCAGUGGGAGACUAGUUACCUCUCAAAGCCCGCAACCGGUUAAUAACCUAGCGACACUGAGGAGCGUGCGGGCUUUUAGUGCUAUGCCCAGCGUGGGACUGGGCGGCUUUGGUCUGAUCCAACGCCCACCUCAUGACCGCACGCCUCUGCACUUGGGCCGCGCAUCUGCAGAACCGCGACAAAGAGCUCCAUCAGAACCUGCAGCAGCGAGAGGGACUUCAGGCAGGAGGGGGGGCCGCCGCGCAACAGAUGCUAGCGAACCACAUAGAAGAGAGUGGGAGGAAGAACGAGAGCUGUUAACUUGCACGGCCAUUGACGUGGAAGUCAAACGUGUCGCCAUCUGGAGUGCGGUAUACCUACAGGACAGCAAAGCAGCAGCGAAUCCGUGCAGAGCUGUGGCAGCAGCUGCAGCUCUGGCUCUUGAGCGAUCGAGGAGGCACGAGGAUGCCCCUCUCAGAGACAGUGCGGCUGGCCUACCGCAAACUGGAGCAGAUACGGAUGUGAGAGAAGGCGACAGCGUCGCCGGCGUCAGCUCCAGAAGUCACCCCUUGCCUGCUCACCGCAUGCGUGUCUAUAGAGGCGUGCGGAAGCUUUCUCCCAGCGGGGCCCACUGGCUGGCUUUCGACGGAUUUCGAAGGGCCAGCGGUGCUUCCGGAGAAUCUGGGCCAAGCUGCGCACCCUCUACAACAAAGGAAGCGGACGGGAGCAAGAGAAACGGCAACAGAAUGGGCCUCAGCAAGGCAGCAGAGGAAGUGCAGCAUCUCACAGCUCUGCUGGGGGAGGUGUGGACGGAAGACUGGCUUUCCGUCUCCUUGCCCUCGCCUCCCCCAUUCGGUGGAUACGUCAGAGCACAAGAGGGACGCGUCCUGUUAUUGCCGGUGCUGCUGCGUGCCGCACCCAAGACCGAGAGAGGCCUUCUACAACGGCGCCUUGAGGAGGCCCAGAGUUCCGUGGACUCGGAAGCUUUCGCCCGUCAGAAGGAACGCUCAGCGGACCGACGCGAAGGGGUCUUGACUGCAGCGGGAGGGGGGCUUAGGGCAAUUCCGGGCCUACGUGCGCCGAUGACCGCAGCAGCUGCGGCUGCUCUGGCUGGUGGGCCCUUCAGCGUGAACGUCGAGGAAGAAGAGCAGCGGAAGAAGCGGGCUGCUACGGAGAAGCUGCGGGGCGUCGCGAACGUCUCUCCGCACAUCUCGCUUAUGUACAGACUGGUUGAUGCAUUCGUGCGCCUCUUUGGGAGGGACGGCGAGAUGACCGCGGUGCUGUCGCGCCUCUCGAUGGGUCUAGAAGCCAUCCGCCGGGGCAUGCAGCAACAGAAGCAAGCAGCAGCAGAGACAGCGCGCGCUGCAGUGCGGUGCCUGCCGACGCUGGCGAACCACCCAGACUUCGUUGCAGCAUCAACUACCAUUUCUGCUUCCUCCAAGGGGGCAGCAGUAACAGCACACCAGCAACAACAGCAACAGGACGAGCAGCAACCGUUAGCAGCACCUAAUGCCCCACCGGGCACACCGUUUGCCUCUCCGACUGCCGAUAAAGGGGUCGGCACAGGUGUAGCGAUGGCGUCUUCUGAUAAGAAAGAGGAUGCCCUCCUACAGGUUGACAAACGGCUAUGGGGGCCACUUCCGGGCUCUCUGUUGCAGCUUGGCUUUGCGUUGCGCGCUGCUCUUCGUCGGCUGAUGCACGACUCGUUCGGUUCCCUGUGCAUUCAUUCUCUCCAGCUAACGCUGCCUUCCCCAUGCCAGCUGCUGACACUGCCCGCCGUUCCCGCCACCACUCGAUUGCUGCCUACAACGACAUUCCGCAGGACACUAACUGCAGAAGCAACGUACUUCCUGUGUUGCCUUACUGCCGCGCCGCUGUCGCCCUGCGUCGCCGUCGACCUGGUUCUUACGAUCAAAGGACUGAAAAACCCAGCAUGUCCUUCUGCUGAACAGGCGCAGCAGCGCAAAUGGCACGCCCAUUUUGCCGCCCCCACAGGGGCGGGUUUAGGCUCUGCCACUUUCAACAACCGCUUUGGUGCCACACCCUUCGACACGCGGGGAUCGAGACACGGGUCGUCCUCUUACAUUCACCAGCAACCUCACAACAAUCCCCAUGCCUAUUCCUCUACAGCUGGAGCAAAUGCGUCGCCUCUGGACAGACUCUCGGCAACAGGGAUGCAGCACGAAACAGCGUUUGGGUCAGUCAAAGUCGCAGUGCCGCUCUUGAGGUUGGAGUUGCUCAAGAGGCCCCGUAUACCAGACGAUGCAGUGUCAUCGGCGCAAGAAGUCGCUCACGACACCUCUCCCCGAAUUGCGCUUUCCCAGGCCUGCGGCCCGAUGCGUAGAAGCAAAUUGGAAGAAGCAGCUGUGUACAGCAAAUCUCAGGGAACGAUGCAGCAGCAGGCUCCCCGCCAGCCCAACUGCGUGUUGGAGGUACUAUUGAAAGAACUGGAACUCUCGUUUGUCUCCGAGAAAAAUGCGCCUGAUAAUACCCUUCAGAACCACCGACCGGCAAACGGAUUGGGUGGCAGUCGGCGGCUGUUCGGCUCAACAGCAUUCCUGGGUAGGCCUGCAACAGCAGAUACUGAAGCAACGCAGGGAGCCGGGGGGAGCUCUGAUGGGGUCCUCCGUUCUCCAGUCAGCCCCUUCCGCGUGGUCAUGUCGCUCCACGAUUGCAUAAUCCGAGGCGAAGAUGGAAGCCGCCUCCUGCAAAACGCAUCCGUAGUCCCCAAGCUCUUCUCGGGUGAAUUUGGGGGCAGUGCUGGGGGGAGUCACACUCAGCAGAAUCAGUUCUCAGCAGCAGGGGCGCCUUCGCAGUCUGCUGCAGGGAACGCCAGCCCAACUGGUGCCCAUGCUGCUGGAGAGGGAGUGGGGACCUCCGGCCGCCGCGCCCCACAGAAGACGCGUCUGGCAUUCCGUCAGGCGCUGAUUUCAGAGAUGCCUUUGCAGGACCCGCUGCUGCAGUGUCUGGCUUGGGUAGCUGAUGGGGUGAUAUUUGUUUCGGCGGAAAUGGCACACCUGCGGGUGCAGCUGCGUGCCUUGCAAGGGGCUAACGUGUACGCCUGGGGCAUUGGCUUGUAUGGGGCCGUCCAGCAGCUGAAACACUUCCGGCUGCAGUUCCCUGCUAUCAGUUUCGGCUGCUGUUUCUCCACAGCCUCCUGGUUGGUCCCCAUCGGUGUCAACGCGCAGCAGCUGCUGCGGGUAGCCCAGCUGCAGGCAAGGGGCCCGUCUUCUGCUGUCCCUGAGCAUCAUCACAGGCACAGCGAAGAAGAAGAUGAGGAGCAAACCAUCCGCAAGUCUCUACUGUUGCAUCGGCGUGGGCUCGGGUUGCUGUCUCUCCUCUACCCCGCCUUACACCCACCAGCACUGGCCCCGGACGACUGGAACGGGUUGCUGCCAUUGCAGCUGCCGGCGAUGGCGGCUUCCAUGUCGAUCCAACGGGUGUUGCAAGUGCUCGAGGAUGAUGCAGCGACACGUGAAGCAGCAGCUGCAGCAGCGAAUACAACCGCAGAAACAACGGCUGUGUCCGCACCUUGGAGACUGCAAACGGCAGACCUCUUUCAGCUCCACUCCGAUUUGCAGACUGGCAUGUUGCAGCAACCGUGCCGAAGACGCCCUGUGUACGGGCGCAGCCUCUCGCCAACAACGGAGUCUCCCCCUGGCAUUGCUUCUGCGGAGGCAUCGUUCGCUCGGUUGCCCUUGGGCAAGGCGUCUCCUUAUGGGGACCUGCGCACGUCCGUCAAAACGGGACAUUUAGCGACAGUUCCCCAGCAGCAUCACCCCUCAGCCAGCGACGCACACUCUUCGUCCUCCCCUGAAGGUCUCCGCAACUCCCCAGAUGAUGCAGAACGAGAGAGCAGUCUGGCGGUUCCCAAGAAGGCCCCGGAGGGCAUCUGGAGCCGCUUCUGCGGUUUUAUUUGCUGCCGACGACGGCGUGGGGUUGACACAAUUUCUAGUGGGGGUUCUGUGACAAAAUUUGGGUCUGGGAGCCCAAAGAGUCGAGCCAGCCGUUUGUUGCUGCGCUCCUCUGGCUCAAGCAUUUCGGCAGUGUCUUCUCUGAGCGCCUCUCCGCUGGACAAGCGUCCACUGGGACCACAACCGCACGUAUCGCCUUCUACCUCCGGUUUGCCCAACGUUCGCGUGGAGCGGCGGCGGCUGACGGGGCCGUCUCUCCACUUGCCUCCCUUCUCGAAGCCUUCGGGACAAGGGGACCCCGCAACGGCAACCCUGGUCCCCACAGAGCAGGCGCUUCCGCCGGCUGCUGCUCUGUCUCCACUGGAGGCGGCUGCGUUGGGGGCAAAACUGCAGAAAGUGGUUGAAUUGACAGUCAAGGGAGUUGAAAUUUGGUUCGUUCUAGGGGCUGCAGAGGCAGACGAGGGAGACCUCAUCGCUGCGCAGCGCACCGAUCGCAGGAGCACAGGGCACCUCAAGGCCGCCAGAAUCGCGUCUUUGAAGAAGGGGAGCAAAGCUGGUCUGAAGUCCCUCGCCGCCAUGACAAGCACACGGGUGCUCGACGAGACCCCUGAAGAUGGAGCGUCGCAGAACAUGGUAAAGGGGCAGCCCUUUGUUAGGACGUUGAUGCAGGUCCUCCAGACUGCUGUCAACAAGACCGGGUUAUGCGUAGAGGAAGAGAACUACGACGAUCGACGGAAGCAGCAGAUUGUUGUGGGCCUUCUCGCUGCAUGCACUCUGCGGCUUCUGCAGCGAGGCACUGAUGUGAGCGCCUCUGUGGAAGUUGUGGAGUUGAGUGCCAUGGUGGGGUCGCCUUUCCCGUGUACGGAGUUCAUCGUUCCCACAAAGUCCCCGGGGCUCUCGCAGGGCUUUCAGCAACAGCAACAACAACAGCAGCAAGAGGAGGGGGUAACUGCGUCUAAGACUCUGAAGCACACGACACUUGCAUCGCUAGGCCACGGUAGGGAGCUGUCGCCAGUCGACAGGCAACCUGUGGCAGCACAGGAUGAGGGGUCUCUGGUUCUGGUCAACUUUCCCGAUAUCCUUGAGGGAUACGGAGGGGCUUUAUUGCUGCCCAAUCUUCAACAGCGCACUGACUGUCUUCUAUCAGUAGCAACCUGCACCGCUACCAUCUCCGGCACGCCGGGAGGGAAGGCGAAGAUUUGCAUGACAAUUUUGGACCCUCAAGUCCACUUUUCGUUUGAAAUGUUUCAAGGCCUCGUAAGCCUGGAGACGCAGGCAAGGUUGGAGCAGCUGCACGUCUCCAAGUCAGCAGCAGCAGCAAUGACAGCCAUGAAGGCUGCUGUGGCAGCAGCAGCAGCAGCAGCAGAAGCUGCUGCUAUAGCACUGACGCAGCAACAGCCAAUACGAGAGCAAGACCUUCAACUUUCCCCCUCUUCUGCAACAUGGAGAGCGACUCAGCAGCAGGACACAGCAUCGCCUAACUCCGAUAAGGCACAGCGUUCGUUGCAACUAACGGAGUCCGAGCGCAGCACUGGCCCUUCCGAGUGCUCACCAGGGGUAUCAUUGGUUGGAGGAGUUCCGGCAUCUCCAGUUGCUGCUGCUGAAGGGGGUGCUGCCGCGCUAGGUGGCCACCCAUCUUCCUUGCGGGUGACGAAUUACUCCGUCUCUCUAGGAGACCUUUCGGUAGAAGGAAGCUUGCUGCGCUUCUUGAGGGACUACGCCUUCUCUCUACGAGACUCAGCAGGGCCAGCGUCCCAGCAGCGCCAGCGGCCCCUUUUUGGCUGGGCAGUGCCGGAGGGGGGCGGCAGGAGCGGCAGGGGAGGAGACCUCGGAGGUCAGGCCCCUAUCGUGGGGGCUAUGGAUUUGGUGAGGCUGCACCAUCAGCGCAGGGGGGGUGCCUUAGGGAGGGCUCUUGAGGAGAUGAAGGCAAUCUCUACCAACUCACACCCACAGCAAAAUGAUGAAGCUACAUCGUUGCUGAGCAGCAGCAGAAGCAGCAGCAGCAGCGGAAGCGGCAACAGCAGCAUCGAGUCCCCAGUAGCCCCGACAACGCAGUCGUUAUCGUGGGGGCCUACAGAUGGGGUGUCUCGGCAGCACCUGCAAAGCGAAACGCAGUCGAGCUUGCAGCAGCGUCGAGCGCCUCAGCAGCAGACGUCUCUUCAACAACAGCAACCGCACCAAAGCUUGGCCUAUCGGGACCCCGGGAACUCGUUUCAAAGAGUGGACGACGAGGAGGCUGUGGGCUCAGCUGAGUUGCUGCUGCUUGCGAAUCUGAUGGCUGCUGGCAACAAAGAAGCAGCAAAGCAGCAUGUUUACGGCAAGGGGCUGCACGGAACCGUCGACGAUCUGCUUCAGGACGAGGAGGGGGCCCGCGGAACCGGCCUUGUGCGGCGCAGGGGCAUGGGUAUUAUAGAGGGGGGCACUACAUGGGGCCCUGGAGAUGUGGGCGCAUGCAUGCCGGUGGCAUUGCUGCAGGGGGUGGGGGAGGAAGACUUUAGAGAUCCUUAUUGUCAGGUAAUUGGUUUCUUUCUGUCUUUAAUGAGCUUCAAGCUUCCUGGGGAAACACAAUUUGAAAUAAAGGGGGAAGUUGUGAAGGGGGCGUUUGAGUUUCAUGACGCCCAUGGGUCGCUUUUAAAAGUUAGUCUGUUGGCACUGGAGGGCCAGGUGUACGUACACCCGGAGCUUUGGAGUGUAGAUUCUGUUAAGAGCUUUGGAGGCCGGCUGGAGUUGAUGGUGUCUGGGUACGACCCGAUGACUAACUCACAAGAGGAGCUGCUGCAUCCUGUAUCGGCUUCUGUUGAGAUCCAGAGACAAUACGUAGAUGCGCAGACGAGCCACUGGAGUCUGGUGAACGUCCGCAGCGCCAUGGAUGGGGUGUCCGUAGACAUCACCUCCGGCCUGUUGCAGCUCGUCUACCACAUCAUGGGAACCACGCGGGAGAUCCUAGAGGGAGUCGAAGGCAACCUCGGCAGACACACCAGUCUCAGAGUCUACAACGACAUACACGCUGAAGUACUCGUUAUGCACCGUCGCAGAUCGAGAGGCGACGCCAGAGGGUGGACGUAUUCGCGAGUGCAGCCGAACGAGUGGAUCUUAGCGCCGACGUCCUCACUGUACUUCGCAGUGCGGAAGAAGACCGCCACUUCAGAGGCCGCCCCCGAGAGGCGGCGGGCCUGGAGGCGGGGGGGCGCAGGCCCUGACAAGAUCAGCGAGACGCAUCCCUCGUUGCGUCUCGAGUCGUACGAUGACGUGCGGAAUAUCGUCGAGGGACUCUUGAAACUGGGAACCCACAAAGUUGACAACCCGUGGCUCAAAGCUUAUGUAGGCAAGGGGGCUCACCUGCAGCUGGGCAGUGGGAGUUUGAGCAAGCGGCAGGGGUUUGAGGGUUUGCUGCAGUUGCUUCGCAAGGAGGCGGGUUGGUGUUGCUUGGGACGUCUGCAUGCGGACUACUCGAACUGCAGGGCCUACUUCCUGCAGAACGCCGGUUUUAAAGUGUUGGUGGAACCGGUGGUGGACCGGCGCAACGGCACGUGGAGUCUGGCGGUGGGCAGCUGCGUCCAGCUGGCGAACGCCUGUGCUAUGACGCUUCGUGUGUACGUGGGCAAGGCAAAGAGGAACUGGGGCGGGAGGGCUAUCUCUUGCUUUGCAGCCCGUGUCACAGGAGAUGCCCGCGUCUCCUCUGCGGAAGAAGAGUUCAUAGACAUCCUGCCAGGCUGCCGCCGCUCGGUGCCCCUCUCAUGGUUUGGCACCGGCACGGUGCCUUCGUUGGCUGCGCUGCUCCACACUGAAGGAGGGGGCCCCCCACAAGAGGGAGUAGGGGAACCUGAAAUUCCUCCUGUGCCUUUCUACGCUCUCUACAAGUUGACAAAUAAAACUGGAUACACCCAACCGCGGCGGCUUGACAUCCCACCCUUCACUCUGCGUCUGCGGAGUUCGCUAAUGCUGUAUGGAGCAGUGGACACAACUGAUGUACCGACUUCGGAGGCAGCACGGAUAGCGCAGCGGUACGUCAUUAAGCUGGAGCCGAUGCUCAGCAUCAAGAACACGCUGCCUUUCCCCAUUACGGUGUCUGUACACCUGAAAAACACUGUCGACCGACGCCCUCUACACGAGCCUCAACAGGGACAGGGUAUCACCCAAACCACCGCACCAGCUACAGCGGCGCUACAUGCAUCAGCUGCAGCAGCAGCAACAGACGGAUAUGCUUCAGCCACAGACUACUCUGGGAGGCGCCUGCGCUACGGCAUUGGGAACCCGCAAGCCGAGCUUCUCGCAGAACUUGAGAACAGAAGGAGACAAAAAGAAGAAGAAAUGCAACAAAAGUCGAGAGGAACGGCUGCCAAACUUGUAGAAGACAAUUUUGUUGAAGCCACAAUUCCCUCCCAUCAAAGUUGGACUCCAUGGGUGCCUUUGGGUUUCGAACGUGCAUCAGCUCUGCACGCAGCAACUUGUCACUACAGCAGGGCACGUGUGUGCUUUUCCCCCUCCUGGUCCCUAACGGUCUGUCUGGCCCAUGCAAUGUGGCUUCUUGAGCAAUGUCUUUCCUUUUUGCCGCAUCAGGGACUGCCUGUUGGGGAGCAGAGGCUGUGGCUGGUGCUGCGUGUGCAUGGAGCCCCUCUGGAGCAGUUCAACACGCAGCUUGAGGCGUUCAACCCCACAGAUGGGAGGCCCCUGGGACCACUUGAGCUGCAGCUGUUGGCGUCAGCAGCAACAAGAGGGGCCCCUCGCCUGACGGGAGGGCUAGGCGGUACUGCUUGGCUGCUGCAGCAGGAGACUCUUGACGGCACGGCGAGCCAGGUGAACAUGAACGGAAGCGGUGGAGGGGGUGGUGCUGCAGGUGUCCGCGAGGAGAAAUUGAGGCGUGCCAGAAAGCAGCAGCAGAGGCAGCAACAGCAGCACCAGCCUCCCGCUACGGUGUAUGAGUCCCAGGGCUUCGCUGUCCUGCUUCCCACACAAGACACGUUAACUGUCUCGAAAGUGCUGCAGUUGAAGGACGGAAGGGGUGAAUCGCUGCUCCCUCCUGGAGCACUGAAGCUUCUCAAGGCGGAGGGGCUGAACUCGCGCCGGGGCAAGCGGAUGCCGCCUCUCUUUUCGGAAAUGCAACUGGCAGCAGACGUUAGCAGACGGCAAAUAACAGUGUUUGCUCCAUACUUCUUCGAAAACCUGACAGAUGCAACCGUCUCCGUGAACGGCGCCCUCGUCCCUAGCCGCUGCCGACUCUACACAACAGAAGAAGACAUGCGGGCCGCCUCCAUCCGCGCUUACAAAGUCGACCUACUCUCAGACCGCGUACUGCAAUCUCCUCUCAGCCGAAAACACGACCUCUCCGGCAUCUCCACUGCCAGGCCGCCCCUUGUUCUGAAGCUAGCGCCACUGCGGAAGCAGCGGUAUAUCCGCUUCGGCUGGGCUCACCUUGGGGCAGGGGGGUCUGUGGACUCUGUGACGUCUUCUCUUAACCACGGAGACACCGAGAGACAGCAGACGUUAGGGGGAGGUUCCGACAUCCAGGGAGACACAUCGCGAGCUGAAUUCCCCUUGCUGAAAGCCACCCCGUCCUCAACAGAUUCCUUUGUAGACGACGACGCGGUGGCACCUCUGCGCGGUGAAGGUGGGGCCGGCGGUCGUUUUGGUGUGCAGCGGCCAGCUGCCGCUUUUGGGGUAAGUCGGUCUCCCUCCGAUUUGCUGAGUGCAGGGGGAGAGGCCGAAGAAAGAGGCUUUUUGAGAGGCAGUCGCCGCGCCAAGUCGUUUCGAAUGACAGUCCAGCGGAGGGUACGGCGCCUAGGAAAGGGCCGAUCUUUCUUACUGCGAAAGAAGCACCUGCUACCUCCUCCAGGGGACCUGAGAGAGACGGAAAGCACAGAGAAGGAUGGCUUAUUCGUUGGAGAUGCCACAACUGACAUCUCUGCUUCUGCUGCCGACGACGUGGCGCCUGCAGGAGCUGCAGCAAGUGCUGCAGGGGGAGCAACAGCUGGUGGGGGCGCUGCUGCUCCUCGGAGCAGCAGCAGCAGCAGUCCGUCGACUCUUGUUCUGGGGCUUUGCACUAGGUACGGAGAAGCCCCGUACUCCACGACGAAGAUAGUAAGCGUAGUUCCCCGCUACGUCUUCAUUUCUCGCCUACCUUUUGCGUUGGUAGUGCGAGAAGUGAGGAGCCGCAGCCGCGUCCUGGGGAGCGCCAUGGGAGGCCGUCAAAAGGGAAGUCCUUGCGAACUGUCGCUGCUGCCGGGAGAGACGAAGGCGUUUCAUGGCGUGGAGGCGCGCGUGCUGCUUAUGCACACUGAUCGGUGUCUAGUCUCCUUCCCCUUCUCCCUCGUACCCGCACACGUGCCCUCCUUUUUCCAAGUCGAGCUCAUCCCAAAGCAAGCCGACCACCAGGUGUACCUGCCCGAGCACUGCCCCAUCGUGCAGGUCUCGAUUGUGUCUGGCCUCUUUGGAGACGUUCCUGCCCUCCCGUAUACCUACAAUGGCAGCUUUAUUGUCCUGUCGCUUCCAGAAAACCCCCAGUUCGCUAUUCUUAACCUCACCAGCUACUUCCUUGCUCACGCUCCAGCAGAACGCAGCAGACGCAACCAGCAAACCAACAGAGAGGAGGACUCAUUCGCCAUUCCUGUCACCAGCGGACCGCAACCCAAGACCACUGCAAAAAAGGGCAGAGGAGACUCGGACGCAAACCUCAGAUUGAUCCCUCCUUGGGCUUCUGUGCCGUUUAUUCCUCCCUACCACAAGAACUUGGAGAACGCUCGGGUGCGGCUGCGGGUUUUGGACGUGGAACACUGCCCCUGGUCUGUGUACAGCUUGGCGUCAGUGGACGAAACCCUUCAGACUAUCGAAUUCGUGCCUCACCAGCAGCAGCAACAACAACAGCAGCAGCAGCAACAGCAACAGCAGCCAGUAAUGGGAUCUGCUCCGCAGGGCUUCGCGGGAAGCCCCCCACAACAGCCAGGUUCUCCUCGUUCUACUGAUGUCGGCUCGGUGUGGAAGAGUCAAUUUGUGCAGCGACUUCCCACAAAGACUCUCACCAGUACAGCUUCUGCUGCUGCUGCGGCGGCUGCUGCUGCAGUGGGAGCCAGCAGCAACACCCUCGCCGCCACCUCCAGGGGAGCGACGGCUGGAGGAGGUAGGGGCUUCUCUUCAGACGCCUGCUUCGACACAGAAGAAGACCAAAGCGCAAAUCAAGAUGCAGACGCUCGCCGUAUCCUCUUCAUAACAGAGUCCCCUCACGUUGCAGAAAACCUGCGCGCCGGCGGUUCUGCCUUCGACAUGAUCAGAGAGGAGUUCGUAAGAAAGGCGGGGAAGCAUGAAGGAGGGUCAACAGCUGCUGCUGCUGCAGCUGCAGCAGCAGCGUCCGCCGCAACAGCUGCUGGAGGGGCUGGGCUGGGCGAGCCAGUGGGUUCCACAGCAGCAGCAGUAUCUCAUCGACUAACAGGAGACAGUUCUGCGUCCAGCUGGGGCAGAACGAAGCCAGGGGGUGGCGGCUUCUUCGGAGGUACACCUGAAGCUGGAGCAAGUAGGGAGAAUACUAUCGCUCGGCAGCAGCAGCACCGCGGGUCUAUGGUUCAGCAGCAGCAUCAGCAGCAGCGGCCGCCUCCUUGGCUAGGUUUGUCUUUUGAGUUUCGUCUGCCGCGUCUCACAGUGACGUGGAUUCACCAAAGUGAAGUGGUAUUGGCUCUGCACCUGACGGGGCUUUCGUUGGCUGUAUCCGUCAAUCCGCGUCAGCUCGAUGUUAUUCUGGAUGCUGUGCCUGCCGAGCGUUACAUGAGGCAGACAGCAACAUCGCCUCAACGCAGAGUUUCUUCUCCUUUGCUGGGAGACGCCCUCGUCCGUGCUAGUUCCUCUCCUCUGCCUGCAAGGGGACCCCAAGGGGGGACCAGCUCAGGAAGCCCUGCGGGUACCGCCGAGUCGCAAUCACUUCACGGCAGCAGCAGCCGCACUAGCAGCAGUAGAGGGUCUCCAGGUUUCUCCAGCAGCGACAGUGGCGCCCGUGGAGCUUCCCCCGUGGGGGGUCCUCUCGCAGGUCCUGAGGCGACCCUUGGAGAGACCACACGGGGGACCCACGGGGGGUUGUGGGAGGAGGACUACGGGUUACUGGUUAAGACACGGAGCUUAGUGACCCUGUCAGCUCGCAUAUCGAUGCUGCAUGUGGAUCACUUUGUGAAAGGAGACAUUCCUGUCAUCUUAAAGAACACGGCGUCCAAGUACGGGAAGGAGACAGAAGAGUUCCUUGAGGUGGCCGUCGUGAGGGCGCUGGUUGAUCCCAGACAGGCUCCCACGUACGAACUGCUAGAAGUGCGCAUCAGUCCCUUUAGCGCCAACAUCGAACUUCUCGUCAUCGAACAGCUCAUCAGUAUCUACGAAAAAGAAGUUGAAAUGCUACACAAAUUCGCAGUAGCAACUCCACAGAAACCACCAGCUCUGCAGACAGCGCUUAAGUGCAGCGUUGCUGCGGAGGCUCUGCGUCAGUUGGCAGUCCUGAAAGCUGUGGAGCAGAGUCGGGAAGAGCAGGUUUUAGUUGCGGAUGGGACAGGAGGGAGGGGGCCUUGCGGCUGCGUUGUCUCCUCGUCCCGUGGGGGUCUUGGGCAGGAUUCAACAACAGCAGGAGCUGAAGGAUGCGGGAGCGGGGGUGGCGCAGCAGCAGCAGCAGCAGCAGCCUUCCUCGUGCAUCCUCUGGCAAUAGAUUUGGCACACCCCAGCAUGCACAGCCUUUCAAAAGCCCCAUUAUCUCUGGACAAGUUACGGCACACGACGAGUUCUGGUGCGCCGCUGUUGGGUUGCUGCUGCAGCGACGGAGGCCCUGAGGGGCCUGCUCCACCUGUGGGAGGCGAAGAAGGGCUUCAAAGCUUGCUGUUGCUAAGGGAGCCUGUGCAGCUACAGUUUUACGCUGCUCCUCGGGUGUACAUAAACCGGCCUUCGUCUCACGUGUUGGUGCUGCCAAACCCACGGUGGAUGGAGUUGCACAGAGCUAGCCCAGUGUAUAUAAAGAGCCUGGUCAUUAGCGGAUUGUCUCUGACGGUUUCUAUUCGAACAUCGGAGCAUCGGAUCUCGCGACAGGUUUUGCACAUUGUUGACGCGCUGCCGCUUGAUACACCGUACAUGACAAUUCAAAUUGCACGCGAAAGAAGAAAGUUCAGCGUUUGCUCUUGGGCCGAGCUGCUGCAUGCUCUGCGCAAUUCGUACCUGCGGCAGUUCAUCCGGCAGUCGCUGCCUUCUGCCUGGAUCAGCAACCCAUGUGCGUUCGUUGUGGGGUUCAUUAGAGGCGCCAGUGCCCUCUGCAGACAGACACUCAAGGGCUUGAAGACAAACAACAACAGUUUCGAAGGCCUCAUGAUGGGAUUUCGCGUGGGCUUCAUUCUCUUCAUUAUCUAUACCAUGGGGGGAGUCAUGCAGUCCCUUUCCCACGUCUUGAAUAUCUUACAUAAGCUUAUGAGGGGCUCCAGGCCCCGCCCCUACGGCGUCUUAGACGCUUUCUGGAAGGGACUGAAUGGAUUCCUCCUGGACACCUUCUGGAGACCCUGGGUUGCUGUUGUCACGGAACCUGCUGCAAGUGCUACCAGGGGGGACAGCUGGUGGAAGACAACGGCAAUUCUAGUGGCGUGUGUUCUGCGGUGUCUUGUGUCUCCUUUAUUUGGUCUAUCAAACUUCUUGGCUUCUGUGGCCGAGGGGUUUGCAAAUACGCUGAUGGGCGACUUUGAGCAGUUCACGCGAGUACAAGAGAGAGCAGACUUAGACAAGAAACACAAGCAGCAGCAUCUGUCUGCUGGAGCCGGGGCUUUGUCUGCUGGGGAGGGGCAGCUGCGCGAUCCAGCAGCAAGACGAAACGGAAGAAGAGAGGAGCAUGCAGGGAUUGGCAGCCGCUUCCGAAGGAACAGAAAGAAGCCCAAGGCUGCCAGAAAAAACAGAGGCAAACUGCCUACAGACCAAGCACAAGCAGCUGUAGCAGCAGGCCCCGAAGGCACCACCUUGAAAACCAGAGGUGGCAGCAGCUUCUCUGGCGCGUUCAGACGCCCCUCCUCUAAACAAGUCACAUUUGCUCUUUAA